AUGUUUGCGCGACUUCGUAUGCUACUCUGGAGGGCAGAGAAGAGGUUGCCGCGGCGUUUCCGAGAAAUCCCUGAGGAGUUUACGGAUUUGCGAAGCUCUGAUUGCCGUCCAAUGCUUUUCACGCCCAAGCGACCCGAACCGCUUCGUGACUUACGGACAUUGGAUGAAAUUGUUAUUGAUGACGACGCGCUAGACGCCGAUAACGGCGCCGGAUUCACCGUUGAUUCCUCACAGCAGCCCAUUGCGCUGUUGGACCCUGAACGGAUGGGGUUGCCGCCGCAGCUUGUAUCGUAUUUGCAGGGCCAUCUCACCGAGUCCGCACCCCAUCUUUCUUCCCCUAAUCAGACGGGCGAAUUUAGGGGCCUUACGAUGGUGCAGGCCCGAAUUUUACAGCAUAUGUACGCCAAUCAGGAUGUGGCCGUCUGCGCACCAACAGGGACCGGGAAGACCUUCGCGCUUUGCCUGAGCGUCAUCGCACGACUCAUGCGGAGUGGGCCGAUGAAGUUAUUUUCCAUUCUUAUUCUUGUCAGCAAUGAUAGUCUCUGUCUCCAGGUAGAGCGGUGGUUAAAAGCGAUGUGGUGGUAUCCUAACGACGACCACCUAGUCCUGGCGGCCACUUCAGAUUUAUCAUCUAAAAUGGUCUACGAUCGCUUAACGAGGAAGGCUGUGCGGGAUGCGGUUCACCCUGGGCGUGUUAUGUAUGUUGAGGACCAACGACCCUACAUCGUCGUAUCGGUUCCAAAAGUCUUUUGGGCUUUUUAUGAGCGAAGACGAGCUUCCAUCUUAAACAAGGAGCGUCGCCUCGGCAAACGAAGCCACUCUUUCUCCCUCACUCCGGUGAUUCCCACGCUCGACCUUAUUGUCGUGGAUGAGGUCGAUGAAGUAAUGCCUUCAACCGACCUGAAGGCGCCUGGGAAUUCUCUUCUCAAAGAGCUUUUUCGUCAUGUCAAGUAUCAAGUCCCCGUGCAGAUGAUAUUCACGAGCGCCACACUUGCAGGAUCGACGGUGAACCAUAUUCGCCGUUUUAUGAAAAAAGACCUUCUGGCCGACCGGUCUUCGCGUCUUUUUCAGUCUGAGCAGAUUCACCAGCAGCGGAUGAGGGAUAUUACCGGGAUUAUCUCUCGCGCGGUUAUCCCGGAGAACAUUUCACACCAUUUUUACAUCGCUGAUAGCUUGGAGGAGCAAAAGGAGUGCAUCAUCGAGGCGAUGCGGCGGUCUUGCCUGGGGUUUGAAUCCCCACGGGACGUCAAUGGGGCCGAGGAAGCGGUGCUAUCCACGGGCAUCCCCGACCAUAUACUCUUUAUUGUACCGGAUACCGCCAAUAUCGAGCAAUUCGUGAAAAUGGUGUUGGUACCCAGCCAAGAGGAAUUUCAGGCCGGCGAAAGGCGCCAGGGUCCCGCCUCGGACGAAUGCGUCCUCCCCGCCUACACCAUCAAUUUGUUGGAUUGCACACGCGCGGCCCAGCAGCGGCAACGACGAAAGAAGGAGGCGAUUAAAUAUCUCCUUCGAACCUCCCAUUCGAGCUCUAAACAAUUCAACUACGCGUUGAAUGAAAAGCGUCUUUUUUACGAUCUUCCCACCCCUGACGAAAGCGGCGCAGGGGCCCCCCCGACGUCCCAGGACCCUUCGCGCUCCCAAGGCCCCCCGCGUGAAAAAACGGGCUGUGAAAGGGAGACCCGACCUUCGAGGGCCCCGACGACGGCGCUUUCGCUCUCGCUUUUGGGCUCUUCAUGCGAAAAGGACGCCAGGGCUCGGCAGUUUCGUCGGGUUUGUUCCGUUUCCACCGCCUCCAACGUCCGCGGGCUCGAUUUGCCCGAUCUCUCCCACGUUUUCAUCCUCGCACAGCCGAAGUCGAGUUUGGAGUACGCGCACUGGUGCGGGCGCGUGGGCCGCUUUGGCCGGGCGGGGGUGUCCGUGAUGGUGAUGUCGCGUGGGGCCACGCGCGUGAUGGGGCGCUUUUGCGAGGCGUUGAAUUUGCCUUUUAAGGUCAAAAGGCGCUUCGGGGAGGUCGAUGUCGACUCGGAGCGCCGCAUGCAGGUCCGGGAAACAUAG